CCUUCGCCAUCUCUCCGCGCAUACUCCGUAUACCCAGGGGAUCUCUAUAUCUAGAGGAUUUCUAUAGCUGGGGAUCUCUAUACCUGGGGAUCUCUAUACCUAGGGGACUCUAUACCUGGGGGGCUCUAUACCUGGGGGGCUCUAUACCUGGGGGGCUCUAUACCUGGGGGGCUCCGUACUAUACGCCUAUUUCCAAGCGUAGUGAUAUUAAAAUGAUCUUAGACUGAAGGGUCUUAUAGUUACACUCUGAUUGGCUGAAGCUCACAUCUAAGUAGCUGAACUCAUUUAAAGAAGAGGAGGGCUCUGUUUUGCGUCACCAUGCUACCAUCUCCUUGAGCUGCGUAUUUACUUGCUAUAGUUACCUUCCUUCUUCUCUUUUUUGGGAACCUGCGCUGUUUGCCAUCAUUGCCCAAGGCCUGUUUAAACAUCUUUCCAAGUGGAAACUCGGCUUUCGGAGCUUAUACCUCAGCACACACACAGAGAAAGAGGGAGAGGUGCAGAGAGAUUCUGUGAAGAUGGUGGGUGCGGAGUUCGAUGAAAAGCGCCUUUCGCGGUACGACACUGCGACGCUGGUCAGCCACAUUGUCGAAUCAUGCAAGCUCUCAUGGAGUGUGUUUCUACUAUCCCAAAACCUAGUAGCAAAACACUUCUCGCGGGGGAAGGAAGUGAACGUGCUUGCGGCGAUGGCGCGGGCAGGUCGACUUUGGGAUCAGGGUGCCUUGCAUCAGACGGACGGUCGAGAGGGACAACGAUCUUUACAUCAUCCUGGAGCGGAUUCAUGGGCAGACUUUGGAGGAAGCCUGGACGCACCUUGGCUGGCUUACAGCUCUGGGUCUGGCAUAUCAGCUUCGCCGGUUCGUGCAUCGGAUGAGAGAGGUGACGUCUUCCACUGCCGGAUCUCUCUCCACUGGGAUGCGUCGGGCGUUCUGGCUGGAGGAUUUUUAUCAGCUUCCUUGCCAUGCUUGUCCAGAAGCUAUUCCAGCGUUCAUCCGUUUUUGUCUUAAUUUUGUUCCAUUGUCACGACGAAAAGCAGGCGUACAGAGCAAGAAAGAAUUUCCAUCACAUCAAACUCCAUUGGUGUUCACAUAUCAUGAUCUCGCUCCAAGAAACGUGAUUCUCGAUGACAGACGCCGCCUUUGGCUACUAGAUUGGGACUACUCAGGUUUCUAUCCGGUUUACUUCGAAUACGCGUCCAUGCAUAACUUCUCUGUACCAGAAAAUUGGGGCUGGGCAGAUAGGCUGCGCUGGGAAAUAUUCUCCUGGAUCUCAGUUGGACGGUUCUCCAAACAGCGCGAAGCCCUUGAAGAAAUCAGGCCGCGGUUCACUCGAUUCCCUCUUGGCCGGAAAAACGAGGUUCUCUUGGACGGAGCACCCUCCAACGCGGUCCAUUUGAGAAAGCCGGGGAUGUGAUUUACAUCUCGCCUCCAAGGGUUCGGCUCUUCUCAAGCAGGAGGUCGGGGGCAAGCAAAUUUACUCGAGCAGUCCAUUGUGACAGGCUCCCAGAGGCGCGCGAAGAUGAAAUUCACCCCAUGCAGGGGACGCAAUGCAAGGAGGAGCAGAAGCAGCAGACAUAUCCGAUUGACUGACGUGAUAGCUCAGGUGCUUCAACGGGACUCUGGGCAUGUCAAAUUAUCACCACUGUUGGGCUGUGAACAUGCCUGUCUUAAGCGCCCACGUCUGCGCACAAAUGCUCCCUGGCGAUGAAAUACAUAGGAACUCCGGGUGAUCACCAGAAACAUGUCUGCUGUGUAAAGAUGUAAUUAGUCUUGGCGUAAAUAAAUCGGCGCCGUGAGAUUUCAAAAAUUAUAGACGAAAGGGAUUGGUGAUUUGACAGCGAGUCCAGGAUCUAACGGGGAGUACACUGCUCACAGAACAGACUCUUUUUCACCUCAAAGUACUCUCUGACCUAGUCAUCAAAUCGCAGGAUCAAGAGUUAAGGUGGUGCAUAAGGCUAUUAAUUCGGUAAACUCUUCGACGGCGCUUCUUCGCAUCCAGCCAGGCGAGACAUAUUGAUCUUGAGAUGAGAAUGAGUAUUCAUAGAUUGUGAACACAUCAUCAUGAUGAUCAUCACUGAAUGAAAUUUGUAUAAAACAUUGAGAUUGAUGAUGAUGAUGAAUGUGAUCUUGUCAGAGCAUGUAAAGUUAUCAUUUGAGCUCAAAAAAGGCCGCUCUGGGUGGCCGCACCCCCAACAUGCAGGCUAUGGAGGUAUAUAGAUGGCCGUGGAAUGCCUAAUGAUCCAUAUCACAUCACAACCUGCGAUGUAGUAGAGUAUUGUUGCUUAACUACAUCUUACAUGUAUUCUUUUUUUCUUCAGCUUGAUCAGUUACAUAGUUACCCCUCCAUCGAUAUCAAUAAAGAACACUUUGAAACUACAUACA